AUCAUGAGGAGAGAGAGCAGCAGAGCUGCGUUAAGGAAGAGGGCGGUCUCUCUUUACUCUGAGUCUCCAGUCAGACACGAAAAACGUCAAAUGAAGGAAAGAAACCAUGAAGGAAACCCAGCAGAAUCUGCUGCUCUGUCUGAGUUUCCUGUUGGGCUGCAGAAUAAACCGAGUCCUCCCAGUUCAUCUGACUGUGAGUCCCAGCAGAUCUCAGUUCUUUGAACAAGAAUCAGUGACUCUGAUCUGUGAGGAUGAAAACAGAUCUGAUGGAUGGACUGUGAGGAGAAACACAACCAGAGGAAACAUAACUCAGUGUGAAGAUGGAUGGGGAGAAGCUAAUGGUUCCUCCUGCAGCCUGAUCUACCUCGUCCCAUCAGAUACUGGUGUGUACUGGUGUGAGUCCAGGUCUGGAUCCUCCAGCAGCAGCAGCAUCCAGCUCUCUGUCUCUGGUGGAUCAGUGAUCCUGCAGAGUCCUGUCCUCCCUGUGAUGGAGGGAGAUGACGUCACUCUGAGCUGCAGAGCAAGGAAUCCAACCCACAACCUCCCAGCUGCUUUCUAUAAAGAUGGCUCCUUCAUUGGUGAUGGAUCAUCAGGUCACAUGACCCUCCUCCAUGUUUCCAGCUCUGAUGAAGGCCUCUAUAAAUGUAACAUCAGAGGUCAUGGAGAGUCUCCAUCCAGCAGGAUCUCUGUCAAAGACAGAAUCUCUUCCACUCCUCCUCCAUCAUCCAUCUCUUCUCCCAGUUCCCAGUCUCCUGUGGAUUCUUCCUCUCCCAGUCCUCCUCCUCUUCCUCCUCUUCUUCUCUCUCUCUGUCUUGCCUGUGUUUGUCUCGUCUUCCUGGUUCUGCUGCUGAAAUGUUUUGUCAGGAGGAAACAUGAAGUUGAAGACGAAGCUGCAGAUGAAGAUGAAGAUCUGUCACACAGUGAUGAUGUUUUACAAACUCGACUGCAGCCAAUCAGAUGCAGCGCAGACGGCGACCGGGCUUCAGUUUACUCUGCAGUGAGGAUGGAGAACAGCAGAGAUGGAGAGAGAAACAGCAGAGAGGAUGAAGACGAGCUCACAGAGAACGAUUCAUCUGCUGUUUAUUCAUACGUCAGAAAAGGAAACAACACAGACAGAACAAACAGGACCAAAGAUCUUCAUCCCGAGCCAGAGAUCAUCUACUCUUCUCUCCUGAUCCACCAGUGACGUCCAUCUACUGGUUUAACUGGUCUGUCUGCCUCACUCCCACCAGACUGGACUGGAGUUUAUUCAUGUUGGUUUAUAAUCUGGUUUUAUUAUUAAAAUGUUGCUGUUGAAUGUUGUUGAUUUUUAAAAUUAAAGUUCUUUUUUCAGAAAUAAUA